AUGCCUCUGCAAAGAACUGUUCCGCAGAACACCAGCGACGAAACUUCUCGUCAAGUAAACAAUAUCCUGCAGAAUUUGAGAGGAGAGCACUUUCGCCACUCACGCAACAUACAGCGUGCCCCAGCGAGCCUACCCGCGCCUUUGCACGUCCACAACCUCCCAACUCUCCCGAUCAGCUUGAUCUAUCCCUCCGCAGAAGACGGCAGACGGCAAAUAGGUGCAAGGCACCAUCCUACAAGACCUAUUUGGAUCGCAGGACCCGAUCCACCUCGCAGUUGGACAACCCCUUCAUCUCCGAAGAUCGCGGAGGCAGACUCAGUAGACAGCAGCUCCCCUUCUUGGCGCGAACACGCCCUUGACUUGGUGUUUUCUGCUGGCGAUGCGUCAGUGUUUCCACCGGGUAGCACAUCCCUCCGUAGCUUUCGGAAGGACGAGUUCCCCACGCUCGCACUACUAUCCCUUCAUGUCAUCCGCAUGGAGUGCAGUGCGUACGAGAUGGCUGAAAUCAUGCCCUAUAUCCCGCCUCACCUCCGUCGCGUCUUAGUGCGUCACAGCGCCAUAAACUAUCCCCUCUCUCAGGCGGAGCUGACUGCAAUUUGCGGAGAAGAAGGACACGCAGACGGAGAGCUCGUAGUCGUUGGGCCGCAUGCUACAUUGCGCAGCGAUCAUUUCUGGCCCAUACAUUCCUCAAGAGAAUCCGUGCCAGAAGAAUAUGCAGCAGAAGAGUCUACGUGGGACUCCCUUGCACCACAGGGCGAACCUAGUGUGGUCUUCUCCCUUACCUUACUGUCCACACCAUCAACCCUCACCUUGAGCAACCUUCCGCCCACAAUCACUUGCCUCGCACUCAUAAAUAUCCCCAAACCAGUGUCCCUUCAACGAUUACCAUCAUAUUGCCCUCUGGUCUCGCUGUUAGACAUGUCUUACAACACUUGGCUCAUCUCAGCAUCAGGGGAGAAGCUGCUAGAAGAAUACCCGUGGACGAAAUUGCACUACCUGAAGGUCUUGGGGCUACGAGGGUGUCACGUCACACCAACGCUUCUGUCGCAAGUCAAUAGAGGUCGGUGGGAUGACAUAGACGUCAUUCAUUGA